GUGUUGCUGUACCCAGCACUACCGUCAGCCAUCUUGGUCAACACCCACCCAGUGCAUUCACUGCGGUGCACAGGCAGUCCAAUCAGAGUGAACCGGUGCUAAGCUGACCGGAGGAGGGCUGUGAUUUUCAGCACGGUGCUGUCUUGCAUUUUAAAUCCCCGGUCUGCACAAAAGGGAUAACGAGAGGUUGAAGAAGAGGAGAGGGAGGUGGAGGAGGAGAGGCCAGGGCAGUCUCUUCAAGACAGCAGCGUAAUUCACUCAGUUGUAACAAGGAGGAGAGGAGGAUGCAGGCAUAGAGAGGAGGAAAAGCAGCACCCUUUCUAACACCUGCUGAGGGCCUUCCCCGUCUUGGCCUUUUAUCCUCUUUGUUUUGAUGCUCUUUUCAUCCUCUCUGAUUUCCUCUUCUCAUUGACUCUGUGAUUUUCCGGGGGGGAGCCUUUCACCGGUCCCUGGAACAAAAGCUGCUGCGCCUUUUCUCCCCUCGGUGGUGUUGGCUUUGCCUCGCAUCAGCUGAGUCAUCAUGUCUGAUCUGACGCCUCAGAGCGAAACCCCGACUCCCACCACCGACAAGAUCACCCAGGCCGCCCGGGAGACCAUCUAUCUCUGCAACUUUCGCGUGUCUGUCGAUGGCGAGUGGCUUUGCCUUCGCGAGCUCAACGACAUCUCCCUUACCCCAGACCCAGAGCCGGCCCAUGAAGAUCCCAAGGAUCCCAUCGCGAUCGAAAGGCUUAACCUGAUGAACAUGGCCAAACUGAGCAUUAAGGGCCUGAUCGAGUCUGCCUUGAACCUCGGACGCACACUUGACUCUGACUAUGCACCUCUCCAGCAAUUCUUUGUCGUGAUGGAGCACUGUCUGAAGCAUGGGUUGAAAACCAAGAAGACCUUCCUGGGGCAGAACAAGUCAUUCUGGGGGGCGUUGGAGCUCGUCGAGAAGCUGACGCCAGAGGCAGGAGAGAUCACAGCCAGUGUAAAAGAUCUGCCCGGCCUUAAAACUCCUCUAGGAAGAGGGCGUGCCUGGUUAAGAUUGGCCUUGAUGCAGAAGAAACUCUCUGACUACAUGAAGACGAUCAUCAACAGAAAGGACCUGCUCAGUGAAUUCUAUGAGCCAAACGCGUUGAUGAUGGAGGAGGAGGGAGCCGUCAUCGCUGGGCUGCUUGUUGGACUAAAUGUCAUCGAUGCCAAUCUGUGUAUGAAGGGAGAGGACUUGGACUCUCAGGUCGGGGUGAUUGAUUUUUCAAUGUAUCUCAAAGAUGGAGGACACAGUAGUAAGAGUGCAGAGGGCGACGGUCAGAUCACAGCGAUACUCGACCAGAAGAAUUACGUGGAGGAGCUAAACAGACAUUUAAGCGCAUCAGUAAAUAACCUCCAGGCCAAGGUGGACGCUCUGGAAAAGUCCAACACAAAGCUAACAGAAGAGCUCGCAGUGGCAAAUAACAGGAUCAUCACUUUACAAGAAGACGUGGAGAGAGUAAAGGAGGAGAGCUCAUAUCAGCUGGAGUCCAGGAAGGCAUUAAGAAGCGACUCGGCGCCAAACGGACAAGCACUGGGUGAAACACGCAAGCAGCUCAAAGAGGAAACUUUGCUCCGAUUGGAUGUGGAGAAGGAGCUGGAGGUGCAGAUCGGGAUGAAGCAGGAGAUGGAGCUGUCCAUGAAGAUGCUGGAGAAAGACAUCUGUGAGAAGCAGGACGCUCUGGUGGAGCUCAGAGCGCAGCUGGACGACAUGCGUGCCAUCAACCAACAGCUCAGCCACAAGUCACAGUGUGCAGAUGCAAGCUCUAAACAGAAGAGUGAAGCCAUCACUCGCCUGGAGGAGAAAAUCAACCAGAUGACAGGGACCGUAAAACAGAUGGAGACCAGAUGGAAACAGGCUGAGAAGGAGAGGGAUCUCGCGUUGGAGGCCAACCGCCUCUUCAAGCAGGACUUUGGAGACAAAAUCGAGAGUCUGCAGGUGGAGGUGGAGCAGCUGAGGAAGCAAAGGUCUAAUCUGGAGCAGGAGUUGAGAAAAGAGCGAGAGGGAAGGGGUGAGCAUCAUUUCGACGCUGCCUCCAGACAUCCCAGCACUCCCCGGAGGGAGAGGAGACAUCAAGAGAACAUACCAAAAUGUCCCCCAGAAUCCCCAUCAGUCAAAAGAGAGAAUCACCAGUUGGACACAGGAGCAGAGGACAAAACCAGUCUGAGCUCCAGCUUGUCCUUGUCACAUCAUGAGGAUGAACAGGACGAGUCAUUCGUGGAGAUCAGUCAGCCCUCCAUCUGUACAAUGUGUGAAGAGGACGAUUCCCUCCUUAAGACAAAGAAACAGUGUAAGAACUGCAGUGGGGUCUUCUGUGAGAGCUGUGUGUCCAAUGAGCUGCCGCUGCCUUCCUCCAUUCUCCCAGAGACUGUGUGUACCGCCUGCUUCUCGCUGUUGCUCCAGCAGUAUGCUUCAACACCAACAUGAAACAGCUCAGCAAGUUACUACAAGACAGACACAUGGAAACCAGGAGCAUUGAUUUGUAAAGAGCGGCACUGCAAAAAUGCACUUUCUGACUUCUUAACUUGAGAAGUUGAAUGAGGAAAGAUCUGAUGAAGUCCUGCAGGUUCUGAACUUGAAAUAUUUUAGUUUUUUGAAUUAAUCUUUUGAAUGGAGAGCUGUUUGGAUGCAGGUUUUCAUUUUUCAAAUAUACAGGUGAAGCCAAAUGUUUCGCAUUGAGCUGCUGUGGUAUUUGUUUUUAUUGAAAACCUGCACCCAAAAGGCUGAACAUGGCACCCGGUUAGAGAUUAUUGAUUAUAAAAGAGUCAACUUGAAUCAUCUCAUGCACAUUUAAAUAUUACUCUUCACAAUGUCCACUAAGUGGAUUAUUGAUUAAAUGGUCAACUGACAAUAUUUUAACCUCCGUUUUUAAAAGUUGAAAAAUGAAAAACUGGACUUUUUCUUCACGACUCUGUGAUGUUAGCCACAAUGUAAGACAGUAGUUAAUCAUAUACAGAUCAGCGUGUGAUGUGACUGCUGAAACUUUACAUCAGAUGAAACGUGAAAUUUGACACUUUUGUCCUCAAUGGCAUCUCAUUCAGGGAAUUACUGUUAAAAUCAAAUAUCACACACACUUUUGACCAAAUACUUUAUUAUACUAUGAUAUUAAACAUGUGGCAGCCAUUUAGGAAACACUGUGUGCGCGGUCACAAGCUUUUUUAUGAAAGUUGUUCAACGAAAUCUAAAAUUCACAUACUAUAGUGAUACACAAAAGUAGUUAAGAAACCUAAAACUGUAAUUCAGAAUUCAGUUCCAGGAAAAUAGAAAUAUUGAAGUUUAUGAAGACCAAAUCCUAGACUGCUAGACUCUAUCUAGUAUAUCAAUAUGAAUUGUAUAUCAACUAUCAAUAUUGAUGGACACACAUCGUAGAAGAGAGUUGAUUUGCUGUUCAUCAUGUGAAAGAAAUGGUUAGAUGUUUUGGUUAGUUUGCUUAUUCGAUUUCUUGUGGGGACGAGAAGAGAAGUUCAUGCUAAGCUCAGUAGCUGUAGCUUCAUAUUCACCACACAGGCAUAACCAUAUCUUUCAAAAUGUCAGGCUGGUCCAUGAAGUUUACACAAUUUAAUAUUCUGGGUAUAAUGUCUCUAUACUGCUGCUGCUGUGAUCUGUAUUAUUUAGAAGUGGCAUUAACCAAAUGGAUUGGUCUGGUUUAUCUCUUAUCUGCGUUAGUUAAAUCAUAAAAUCCAACGAUCAAACAUUUAGACUGUAGUUGUUUGUCUGGAUAAUCUAACUGCUUUUCUAGGCGUCUUAACAUAUUAAAGCAUUUUUAAAUGCAUGGCUCUCUGGUUUGAAGUGGGCAUGUCACCCAGUGCAUCUUUAACAGCUGCUUUUAUGUUUUAUAGAUUUAUAUGAAGAGUAAUUAGAAGCUCAGCUCAGCCAGUUGAACCUUUAGUCGUUUCUUGUUGAAGCUCAUUAACACAUGAAAUGGAAAUGCUUCUUAGAUCAACAAUAAAAUUUUAUUAGAUCUUAA